CUGGUGGUACGACUGCAGAAGCUUCUGUACCUCCUCCAACAUAGCAGCAGGGUGAAUGGACUGUGGUUGGGGACAUAGGUUGUCACUUCAGGCUGGCCAAUCAAAUGCAUUCUUGUGUCUGAAGAGUCAAGGAACCAUCGAUGUUCUUUCAUUCAGCACAGCAGUUUGAACAUGAUGACAUCUCCAGUGUUUGCGCUCUGUCUCACAUGUUUCAUCUUGGGCAAAAUGGUUUCAGCUCAGACGACUGCUCUGACAUUCUCCUCGUCUGUCCGUCAGGAGAGAAAUAUAGUUUCAGUUAAAACUGGGGACAAGUUGACUUUGCAGUGUUUCUAUAAAGGUAAUGUUCCUGUAAGGAUUUACUGGUACAAACACACUCUGGGACAGAAACCAAGACUCAUCUCCAGUUACUCCAAGUAUGACAUAAAUGUCGCUUUUUAUGGUGAAUUCAAGAACAAUCCACGCUUCACACUGGAUACGGAAAAUGGUAAAAUCCACUUGAUGAUCAAAGAUUUACACAUUUCAGAUUCAGGUACUUACUGCUGUGUUCAUUUUUUAUACACAUUAGAAUUUUCUGAGAGCAUUACUGUCAGUGUAGAGGGUUCAGAUUGGAAGAUCCCAGCUUCGGUCCAUCAGUCAGCAUCUGAGAGCAUCCAGCCAGGAGGCUCUGUGACCCUGAACUGUACAGUACACACUGGGACCUGUGAUGGAGAACACAGUGUUUACUGGUUCAAAACCUCUGAAGAAUCUCAUCCAGGACUCAUUUACACCCAUGGAGGCAGGAAUGAUCAGUGUGAGAGGGAACCCGACACACAAACACACACCUGUGUGUACAACUUGCCAAUGCAGAGCCUGGAUCUUUCUCAUGCUGGGACCUACUACUGUGCUGUUGCCUCAUGUGGACACAUACUGUUUGGAGACGGGACCAAGUUGGACUUUGAAGAAAAGGUGGACUCUUCUGUCUUGGUGUAUUUCUUGAGUGGAGCUUUGGCAUUCACCACCAUCCUGGUUGUUUUACUGACUGUCUCAAUGUACAAGAUGAACAAGAGAAGCAGCUGCCAAUCUAAAGAUUCUCAAGCAAGAUUACCAUCUUCCUUCACAGCAAAUGCAGAGGAUCACCAAGAGGCAGACAACCUCCAUUAUGCUGCUUUAAGUGUCAACCUGCCCAACAGAUCAAGAAGACAGAGGAACAGCACCAAUAAUGAAUGUGUGUACUCCAGUGUGAAGCAGUAGAAUAGUGGAUUGUGUAAGGAGUCAGUUUCUUAGAAUCUCUUGGGAGAUGUGACGUAGAUUUAGACGUAGCUCUAGAGGUAAACGUCUGUUGGUAGCUUCCUUGUGGUAAGAUUUUAUAACGUGGAUAUUCUUUGUUGUAUUUUGUCAUGGUGAUUUCCACUGUUACUUUGAUAUCUCACUAAAAAUAAGCCUGUAUUUUAACUCUUAUUAUUUUUGUUAAUAUAGCAGUACAUUUAGGACUGAUUUAUUUUUCUCUGUACGAACUCUCUUGUGCUGUAAGGACCACAACACAAAUAGGAAGUGUUAUUUGUAUUUUAUGCUUCGUCUCUCCAUAUUGUUCCUUUCCAUGUGCAUUAAUGAUCAAAUAAAUCUAUCUAUGAACCAUA